UCUACUUCCAUCCACACAUCAGAAUGACAGCCCUCAACGGAACCCAUCCAAACAGCGUAAGCUUGGGAAUUUCUCAAUUUCUACUUUCUCAACUACUGUCAACUUUAGUAUACUCAUACUACGAUAUCUACACCACUUACCCAAACGAUCGAAGCGCAGAUAUCCUCCAAUCAAACGAGGAAUUUGAUUUCAUCGUCGUUGGAGCAGGUUCGGCAGGAUCCGCAUUGGCAAACCGUUUGAGCGAAAAUAGCUCCUGGAAAGUUUUACUAAUCGAAGCAGGGCCUGAUCCACCUUAUGAAUCUGAUAUCCCAGCUAUAUUCUUCUCGCUUCAACAUACAAAAUAUGAUUGGAAGUAUAGUGUGGAAAAAUCUACGGAAAGUUGCCGAAGUGUAGUAGACAACGAGGGUUAUUGGCCUCGAGGUAAAUUAAUGGGAGGAUGCAGCUCGAUAAAUGGAAAUAUUUACGUUCGAGGCAAUGCCAAAGAUUACGAUAACUGGGAAAAGAUGGGAAACCCUGGUUGGAAUUACGAAAGCGUUCUAAAAUAUUUCAAGAAGUUAGAAUUUGCCAAUUCGGAGGCUAUGGAAAAGGAGGCUCACGGAUACGAUGGUUAUAUCAAUGUGGAAGAGUUUCCAGAUGGUGAUUUACUUGAUAAUACUUACAAUAGAGAGUUACUGGUGAAAUUUUACAACGAAUUGGGAUAUCCUUAUGUGAAAGAUAUGAAUGCGAAGCAGAGAUCUGGAAUCACCUCAUUUCCAGGUACUGUGAAAAAUGGCGUUAGACAGAAUACUGCCAAAGCUUACCUGGCUCCUAUUAAAGAUAGAAAGAACCUAUCAGUAAUGAAAGAAACCAUGGUCACUAAAGUAUUAAUCGAUAAUAAUAAAAAAGCUUACGGUGUCGAAGUAUUUCGAAACAACAUUUAUAAGAAUAUAAUCGCCAAGAAGGAAGUCAUUUUAUCCGCAGGAGCAAUCAACUCACCCCAGCUUCUCUUACUUUCAGGAGUCGGUCCUCAAGAUCAUCUAAAACAGUUUAAUAUUCCAGUCAUCAGUGAUUUGAAAGUCGGUUACAAUUUACAAGAUCAUUUAUUCAUGCUCAAUUCUCUGGCAAAAGUUACUUCGAGAAAAUCCAAACAAGUAAAUCCACUCGACUUAAUGUAUUCGUUUUUGACAGACAAGACUGAACUGGGAUCUGUGACCGUUUUGAACACAAUGGCAUUCAUCGACACACUGAAUACGACCAAUGAUUAUCCGGAUAUUCAAGUACAUCACGUUAGUCAUCCGCUGAAAAGUGACUCUUUAGGAGGGCUUUUGAAAAGUAUGAAUUAUCCGGAUAAACUUGUCGAAAAAUAUGAAAAAGAAAACGAGAAACAUGCUUUGCUUCAGUUCCUACCAACUUUACUAAGACCGCAAAGUCGAGGCAGAGUAAUGCUAAAAAGUAACGACCCAUUCGAUCCACCAAAAAUCAUCUCAGGUUAUUUGACCAAAUCCGAAGACGUAGUAACUCUUACACGAGGUGUAAAACUUAUCCACGAUCUAGCGAGCACUGAAGCCUUCAAAUCGUGCUGCGAAUUCGUCGAAAUUCAACCAGUGAUGAACGAGUGCAAAGAUUUGAAUAAAUUAUCAGAUGGGUAUUUCGAAUGCCUUAUUCGUAACUUUGCCAAUAGUGUGUAUCAUCCUGUGGGUACUUGUAAAAUGGGUCCUACUAGCGAUAAAGAUGCUGUCGUAGAUGCCAGACUUAGAGUAUACGGAGUGCAAGGGUUAAGGGUGGUUGACGCUUCGAUAAUGCCCCAGAUAACUAGUGGAAAUACCAAUAUUCCUACGAUUAUGAUUGCUGAGAAGGCUGCAGAUAUGAUAAAGGAAGAUUGGCCUGGUAAUUAAAGUUGAGCUGAAUUCCGGAGAAGAUAAUGGAUUCCUGAUUUUUCCUCGACAAAUGGGCUCGUUUGGUUGAAAAUUUGGAAUUUUGUAAUUUUUUUCUCAGGUUGGGUGUACCUAUUUGUAGUUUUAUAUUCGCAAAAAAUAAAAUGUUGAAAAUUGUC